AUGGCGACGGAAGCGGUUCAAAAUGUGGUCGUGGUCGGGGCGGCGUCGGGGGGGCUCAGCGUCGUGCAGAGUCUGAGCAAGCUCUUGCCCGCCUCGCACCGAAUCGUGCUGAUCGAAGCGAACCCGGUGGCGUUUUGGAGCAUUGCAGCGCUGCGGGCUGCCGUGCUUCCCGGUUUCGAGCCUCAGGUCGUCCACGAUCUCUCGACUUCCUCGAUUUUCGGCGCCAACAACACGCGACAUGUGGUGCUGGCUGGUACGCGAGUAGUCGACCUGCAAGAGGACCACAUUGUUGUCGAUCGCGACGUCAGCAGUCUGCUCUCUGGUUGCGAAAGAGAGGCUAAUGGAGGCAGCAAGAUACCAGUGGAUAGAGUGGUGUUGGCCGUAGGAGCGCGAUCGGUGUUCCCUACGCGCCUUGAGGGGGGUGCAAAGACGAAGCAGGACGUCAUGGAGCAGUUUGCUCGCAUGCAGAGUGAUCUAGCUGCGGCACACGAGAUUCUGGUGCUAGGCGGUGGCCCCACGGGUGUCGAGUUUGCCGGUGAACUGCUUGACGUGCAUCCGAAUAAGAAGGUCACGCUCGUCACCCGUGGUUCCGGCCUCGUCACUCGAGGCAACGACCGCCUCGGCGGUGUCAGCAACAAACUCAUCGCCCAGCUCACCGCCAAAGGCGUACGUCUCAUCUUCAAAGAUUCCGUCCCCCUCGAAAGACCAACCACUGGCCCCUUACCCACUCUGCAGACCUUCACCACGCUCAAUGGCGAAAGCAUCACCGCAGACUACAUCGUGUUCGCAUCCGGCGGCAAACCCGACACGGGUUGGAUCGCCGCCAUCGACCCGACCAUCGUCGACCCCGCCACGGGGCUGCUCACCGUGGACCCGACCUUCUCCAUCUGCUCGCCCGACGCCUCGUCCCGCACACGCUGGUGGCGCUACUACUCCGUCGGAGACUCCGCCAAUACUCCUGGACCCAAAGUCAGCUACAUGGCCAGCCAGCACGCUCCUCUGCUUGCGCACAACUUGGUCAGCGCCAUCAAAGGCAAUGGUGCGAAGCUGAAGCAUGCCUCCGACUCACCCGCGGAAAUGAUCAUGGUGAAUGUCGGUAAAGGCGGCGGCGCGGGUUAUUUGGCGUUCGUGACGGUGGGCGAGUGGAUAACGAGCUUGUUCAAGGGUCGAUCGUUGCAUGUUGCGAUGUUUCAUAAGUUCUUCAAGGCUUGA